UUCAAACUUCAUCACAUAUAAAUCAUUCUUCUAAACUAUCUAAAAAUUUGAGACAAUCACAAUUACCACCUGCAAUGGCUAAAGCCAAAGCUGGUCUAGCUAAUUUAAAUGCAGGAGGAAGUUCGAAUGGAGUGAUGAAAAACCGAACAGCAGAAGAUUAUCUACAGUUAGGUAUAGAUGCACAUGAAAAAGGUGAAAUGGAAAGAUCUGCUGGGUUUUUUGAAAGAUCUGCAAGGGAAGGUGGUGGAUGUGGCACAGGAAUGUUAAUGUGGGGAUUAGCAUUGAGACACGGUUGGGGAUGUCAAGUUAAUGAGACUAGAGCGUUUAAAUGGUUACAAAAAGCAGCUGAAAGUGUGGUUGACGAAGUGGAAAGAGUCAAGGCUGAAGGUAAAGAUGAAGCGUUUGCCGUGAAGAAUGAGUUGGUCUUGGCGGUUUAUGAACUUGGUCAAUGUUUUAUGAGAGGUUGGGGUUGUAAGAAAGAUAAAGCUUUGGCUAUUAAUUAUUUCGAGUUAGCUGCAAAAUUAGGAGAUCCAGAUGCUCAACAAGAGUUGGGUUUUUGUUAUUCUAAUGGAAAAGGAACAAAGAAAGAUUUAAAGAAAGCUGCAAAGUAUUAUAGAAUGGCUUCUAAACAAGGAAUUGAAAUGAUGGGAUCUCAAUGGAUUUGGAAAUCAAAGUAUGAUUGAUGAUUCCUUUGGGAUGUUUUGGGGAUUAGGAGGAAGUAGAAAUUUUGCAAGGUUUUUUUUUGUGGUUUUGAGAUGCUUCCACUUUCAUGCUUCUGAUCUUUUUUUUUCGUCGUUUUUUCUCUCUCUCUUAUUUCUCUUUUUUAUCGCUUUAUGAAAGUUGCAUAUCACAUUAUAUACCCACAACGUUUUUUCUUUUUUUCCCUUUCGUUUCUUCCUUUUGGUGUGAUUUUGGAUAGAAGAAGAAUGAAAUGAUUAUGAUUGCGUGUGUGUGUGUGUUUUAAAGAAAUGAAGAUAUUUCUAAGGACUUGUUUUACUUUUACCUCUUUUUUUUUACAAAAAACUUUAUUUAUUUAUUUUAUUCACAUCUGAUCUUCUUAUAACUUACACUCAUUUUGAUUUUGAUUUUAAUUUUGAUUUCGAUUUUAAUUUCUUUUUUUUAUGCUGAAGAUUAUUUUGAUGUGUGUUUUUUUAGGUUUCUUUUUUCGUAUUUUCUCUUUUGAAAUGAUGUUUUAAUGUUUUUUUUAC